AUGAAAGCUUGUGUAGUGCAUUGUUUACAUUGUAUAACUUUUUUUUUUGCAGGUGGACUUAAGGUUAACAAACACCUGUCUAUAAACAAAAUUGGACACGCUCUGCAUGAAUUGAGUGACCCAUUCAAGCAAUUUACUUUUAGCCCAAAAGUAAAGGGUAUAGCUAAGAGUUUAGGGUUUGUGGAUCCAGUCAUUUGUCAGAGUAUGUACAUAUUUAAGCAACCUGGAAUAGGUGGAGAAGUGAUUCCACACCAAGAUUCCACAUUUUUGUAUACAAGUCCACAAAGACUGAUGGGAAUGUGGAUUGCUCUCGAAGAUGCCACACUGGAAAAUGGCUGUCUUUGGUUUAUUCCAGGUUCUCAUAAAUGUGGUAUCCAUGGCAACAGGAGAAUGAUCAGAAAUCCGAAGAAAGGUGAAGGAGAGUCUGGGACAACAUUCACUGGUGAACAAGAAAAAUACGAUCCAGAAACGUUUGUAGCAGGACCUGUUAAAAAGGGUACGAUGGUUUUGAUACAUGGUGAAGUUGUACACAAAAGUGAGAAGAAUCUGUCACAGAAUUCUCGCCAUAUCUACACGUUUCAUUUGUUUGAUCAACAUGAAACAGAAUAUAGCAAAGAAAACUGGUUACAGCCAACAGAAGAAAUGCCUUUUCCACAUUUGUGUACCUGAGGAAUGUGAGAUUUCUGUGAAUGAGGGUUGUGUUUAUCAGACAUCUAUUGUAAACAGUGCAACAAUACCAGAUAUAUGAGGAAUGUAGCGGCAUGCAGUACUAAAGGAUACACUUUACCAAGUAUGAGCAGACAGACAGAUAGAUGAGGAUUUCCUCUUGGUUGUGAUAUCAGUUUCUGAUUUUAUUUACUAGGAAGAAUACUGGCAUCUGGAAGAGUGUAUG